CAAUUCUUUGACCGAUCCUCAGCCAGUGUUUCCCUGUCUGUCUUCCAGGAGAGGCCGCAUGUUUCUCCCUGCGCUGCCAGUUUGGUUGCCAGAUGGAGAGAGGGGAAGAAGUGCGCUGUCUCUGUCCCCCAGGCCUCCACCUGGCUGCUGACAACAAAACCUGUGAAGAUGUGAACGAGUGCCACCAUGAUGCUAGCGUGUGUCCGCCUCGGAAGACAUGCAAGAACACUUUCGGCAGCUUUGUGUGUGUGUGUCAGCAUGGUUUUGUGAUUGGGACACUCCAGGGCUCGCUGCAAUGUCGAGAUAAGGAUGAAUGUUUAACUGGGUCUCACCGGUGCAGCCGUCACGCUCAGUGUGUCAACACAGAUGGUUCCUACACCUGUCAGUGUUUGGAGGACUACUUCGGCAACGGACGCACCUGCUGGCCCAAGAGAGCCCCACAGUCCAAGUCUGACAUGUACUUCAACUACAAACUCUCCAAAAGGACCAAGACCAUACAACCUCCAUCUUAAGGCUGCUUUUUCCAGCCCACAUCAUCUUCGGGUUACUUCCCAUGUGUUCAGGUUAAAAAUGUGUUUAACAGAGGUGAAAACGUUUUCAUACUGAAAUGUCAGGUACUUGUCCCAGUUAUGCUAAU